AUGCCUCAACUGGAUAAAUUCACUUAUUUCACACAAUUCUUCUGGUCAUGCCUUUUCCUCUUUACUUUUUAUAUUCCCAUAUGCAAUGAUGGAGAUGGAGUACUUGGGAUCAGCAGAAUUCUAAAACUACGCAACCAACUGGUUUCAAACCGGGGGAACAAAAUCCGGAGCAACGACCCCAAGAGUUUGGAAGAUAUCUUUAGAAAAGGUUUGAGCACCGGUGUAUCCUAUAUGUACUCUAGUUUAUUCGAAGUAUCCCAAUGGUGUAACGCCGUCGACUUAUUGGGAAAAAGGAGGAAAAUCACUUUUCUCUCUUGUUUCGGAGAAAUAAGUGGCUCGCGAGGAAUGGAAAGAAACAUCUUAUAUUUGAUCUCGAAGUCCUCAUAUGGCGCUUCUUCUUCAAAUCCUGGAUGGGUGAUCACUAGUAGGAAUGACAUAAUGCUAAUCCAUGUUCCACACGGCCAAGUCAUAAUAAAACAAAUAAGAGAAGAAAGAUCGUAG